AUUUCCCCAACCUGGCGAGGAGCUGGCCAUCAGACGAUGCGUUGUCGCGGCAUGAGAAGAAACAGAAAACCGGGAAAUCCGCUGUAGUGGGGCCGCGCGGCAAUUGAUUUUUGCAGCCGCAGUGCCAAAGAUGAUCACCACGCGGUCAGUCGCGGCGUUCGCGCUCCUCGCCGUGGCCGCUGCCGGCGCGGAUCCGUGCGGCAAGCUACUCAGGACCAAGGUGGAAAACGGCACCCUGAUUGAGGACGGAGGACUCAGGGCGCAGGACGGGGUUGUCUACUCGAAAGGCGCUUUCUGGAAGGAUGGAGAUGCCUGGUGGGCCUGUCCGUGCCUCGGCGAUAAACCCUGUUUCAGGGUGUGCAAGAAAAGCCUUGUGAAGAAGGUUUUCAAAAAUGAACCCUUUGAAGAAGAAAUUAGCAGAAAAAUGAAAAUAACCAUUUGGGAAAAUAAUUCAUCACGUGAGGUCCAGCUGAUGGAUCAUUUCGCGAUUAUUAGGGAGUCCGUUUGCAACAACGCAUUGCAUUUAGAACCUGACCUCUAUCCGACUGAUGAAUACAUCACCCUCGCCAAUGGCAGCAUCCAAUUCACCAGUGAAUUAGUAGAAGCGAAAGAACAAGUGCCGUACAACCCCGAAGUGAUUUGCUUCACUCGAUAUAACGACUCUCUGAGAGCAUUCACAUGCAACUUUGACCUUCCGCCUGAAGAUUACCGGUUCUACCUGUACCCACCAUUUUUCAUUCUGAGCGCAAUUUGCCUGGCACUAACUCUACUCGCAUAUCAAGUAAACCAAGAUUCGAAAUCACUGCACAACAGGGCCAUCUUCUGCCAGUCGGCUGCUCUCUUCUUCACGUAUGUCGGACUUUCAAUCAACUACCUGACCGGCAAGACGUCGCAUAUUCACAUCUGCGUUGCUCUAACUUACACCAAUUAUUUUUUCCUGAUGGCAUCGUUCUUCUGGCUCAACGUCAUGUGCGUCGAUAUUUUUCUCACCUUCAGGAGCUUGACUAGAGUGCGCGGACCCAAGUACUUGCAGGCAUCUCUUUACGCCUGGGGUGUGCCUUUUCUAUUUUUAGUCGUCACUGUCAUCAUGGACCAAACAACUGACCAACCGUUCAGUCCACGCAUCGGCAGAAAGUCGUGCUGGUUUAAUGAUUUUUUGGCGGAGUUUAUCUACUUCCACGGACCUGUUAUGGUUUUGCUGCUCAUUAACCUAGUUCUUUUUGGCCUGACUGCCUACCAUUUGUGGGUUAUGAGAUCUGAGUCAAAUCGUGUUCUGCAGACGCCUGAGAGUGGAGUGCACGCGAACGCAGCUAAUCGAGAGCGGCUGAACAAUGACCGCUUUGUGCUGUUCAUCAAACUGUUUUUGCUGAUGGGCUGCACGUGGCUGAUGGAAAUCAUUUCGUGGGCAGUCGGCGGUGAUAAGAGCUAUUGGUAUUUGACGGACAUCAUCAACUGCACACGGGGAGUGCUUAUGUUUUGGUUUUGCGUGUGGUCCAAAAAGCCAGUACGAGACUCGCUCUUCCGCAAAUUGACCAGCGUAUGCAAGUGCAUCAAGAAGGAGGACAAAAAUUCUAGUGCACAAAAUUCAACUGAAGUGCACACCAACGAUACACCACUGUCGGGCAGCUCAGCUACUCUUGAGCUUGAAAACACAAAAUGAUAAUUUUUUUUAAGAAGAUUUAUAAGAUCUUUCAUUCAGUUUUGACAGUUUUAUGUCUUAUGUGAAGUGUUGUGCAGAAACUCGCUCAAUUUUACACAAGUGGCUAUAUAACAUCCAUUGGGUGUAUUACGAGGCUCAGCAAAUGCAUUAUAUUGCAGAAAAUAUUCUUAUUGAGAGACCCAUCGUCCUAUUUAUACAAAACAUUUUGUAUUUCGACAGCAUAACUUGAUGCUAUUCUCAACAAGUAUAUUGGAGGCCGAAAGAACAACACCAGUGUCGCUGAUCACAAUGUUGUUGGGAUCUGUGGCAAAAAUGCACUGAUUUCCAAUUUUUAAAUAGGUAUGCUGAGGGUCAGGAACUGCUGAGUCUGGGAGAACUGGGCCUUUGUAAUGAAUUUUCCCUAGCAAUGGUUCUUUGUGUGUUGUACACCUUAGGGGUAUAAUAAAUAUUCUAAAUCUAAUGAUUUAUAAUGAAAAUGAUAUUUGUUAAUCUUUAUAGCAUAAAUGAUGAAAACUGAAUAGUUUGAUUUGAAUGAGUUUGAUUUAAAAAAUAUUAAAAAUUACUGUCGGUUAAUUUUUAAAUUUUAUUUCCUCUCAAGAUAUCAUGAUCAGACCCAUCCAAUUCGUUCAAAUUAAAAAAUUUUCCAACGGAUAAUUCAUGACGAAAGAGCUUCCCGCUACUAUUUUAGAGCAACCACAUUCAAACUGAUGACAGGUUUCAGGCACGGCAGGAAGAGCAAAUGUCACGAGCCGUGACUAAAUUAGCGGAAGACGUGGUUUCCCUGUUGCACAAGAUUACAUUAAAAUUAAUAUCGCCGCGACACUUGCUCCGCCGCGAUGUCCCAAGCAACAGCGGCUGCAAUUCUGAUGUGCUGUAUUUUUCUCACCGGCUUCGAAUCUCCAGAGGCCAAGGUUGUGCGACCCUGCGACACGAGCGCAUCGGUUGCAGUGGAGUCAGAAGAUGCAGUGAUUCUCAAGGGCAGUCUGGGCCUGUCCGACGGCACACUCUACCCGCCAGGUGCAUUUUGGAGGGAGUAUUCUGGCCAGUGGAGAGUGUGCCCGUGUAAAAUCCGACCCUGCAUCCGAUAUUGUCCAGAAGGCAAUAUAUUUUUAUAUAAUUUAUUUGUUAUCAUUUAAAACUUUAUUUAAAAUCAAUAAAAUUUAUCUGAAAAUGUUUUUUCUUCCUCUCAAAGUGUGAGUCGUUUCCCAUGUGUUUUCACUUAUUUUGUAAGAAAAUAAGAUAAUAUUCUUAUCUGAUCCAAUCCAUGAAAGGUUUUCUCAUUUAUUUCAGAGUUCUUUGAUGCUAACAAUCGUUCGAGUUACAACGCAAGGAUUCGUGUGUGGAAAAAUGAUCAGCCUGGACGUGUUUUGCCCAAAAGUCAAUUUUACGUGAUCCACGAGGCAGAAUGUGCGAGACAUCAGCCUGUCGAAGGGCAUACAUUUCGAUUGCUGGCCAACGGCUCUCUAACUUUGAAAGAAGAACUCUUAACUCUCGAAGAAUUCUGCAUUGUUCCACAGAAAUAUGGCGACAUUCCAGUUACGUACCGAUGCUUUAACGAGAAAGACACUGCGUCGGACAAACUAGUCAUCUUUUCAUCUAUAAGUGCUGCGUUUUUGAUUUUAACAAUCGCAAUUCUCUGUGUGCAUGCCUCCAAGAGCAAUUCUCAUCACGUGCGGUCACUGAUAUGCCUGGCAAGCUGUUUGCUUUUUUCUUUCCUGGCGCAAAUCAUCAGCGAGGAGUUUGUUGGUGCGGAGGAGCGAGUCAUCUGCUCAGCGAGCGGCUACCUGAACUACUAUUUCAAUUUGUCCUUCCACUUUUGGCUCAACGUCAUCUGCGUGCAAAUUUACCGGAGCAGGUUGACCCGGCAGCAUAGAGAAUUCGCAGCACUUUCUAUUUACGCGUGGGGCGUGCCAUUCGCCGCUUUACUUGUUGCUUUGUGCCUCGAUUUGACCCUGGAUCCGCACUGGAGCUUUGUGCCCGGCUUCGGCACGUUUAGUUGCUGGUUUAAAGGCACAUUCAGCAAGGCAAUCUUCUUAGACGCUGCCAUUGUUUGGCUAACAAUAUUUAACAUCGUGCUCCUAAUCGGUUCCUUCAAGCUGCUGCGAGAACAACGGCACUCAGCAUCCCAGCAUCUUUUAACGCAAAAUGUGAGGUCUCUUGAGAGCAGAGUCAUCAACGCAAAUCACCUUGGAGUGUGCAUAGCACUGUUUGCUAUGAUCCUUUCCACGUACCUUUUCAGUUUUUCUGUCUCAUGGAUGGCGUCAGAAGCAAGUUUUGCCAGGCACACGGCUGAUGCGCUUUUUGCUUUCCGCGGACUCUUUGUUUUUCUAAUUUGUGUUUUGUUUAACCCGUCUGUGAAGCGGAGUGUAAAAGAGAAAAUAACGAGGCUCAGAACGCACCGACCGUCAAUUAGAGUGAAACACGUGUCUGCCCCAACUGGAUGUUUGGGCACACUUUCUAGGAAUCCAUCGGUCUGCGUGGGGACCGUUUAAUUUGAAAAUAUAUGUACACAAUAGCCCUGUUAAACCUAACAAAAUAAUAAAUCUAGUGCUAUGUCUGAGUUUUA